UAUUGCGUAAGAGGAAUCGCGAUGUGCGACGUACGUGACGAAUAACGGAAAACCGACGUCAACGAAUAUCACCAAAGCGCCCAGGGAAAUACAGCUGUUUGUGGUAUUUAAUCCUUCAGCAACAAGCAGUUGAAGACAGGUGAUCCUUUCUCAUGUGAUGGCACAGUGGAUUGUGCAUACAGAUGGUGGACCAAGAAGGGUCAACCAUGCUGCAGUCAAUGUAGGUGAUCUGAUCUAUUCUUUUGGAGGUUAUUGUACAGGAGGAGACUAUGAGCGCAAGAACCCAAUUGAUUCAUUUGUAUUCAGUAUUGGAAGAUUAAAAUGGUCUAAACUGUCCCACUCCAAUGGUCCCAAUGAAUGCCCAAGACACAUCCCUUUCCAGAGGUAUGGUCACUCUGUAGUGGUUUACAACGAUAAGAUCUACCUCUGGGGUGGCAGAAAUGAUACAUCCGGUGCAGACAAUAAACUCUACAGCUUUGAUACCAAAACUAAUCGCUGGACCCUUGAGACACCUACAGGUCAGCUACCUGAUGCUACAGAUGGACAUUCAGCAUGUGUUAUUGGACACAGGAUGUAUGUCUUUGGUGGAUUCAUAGACUUGCUUCAGAGUUACUCCAACCUCACAUUUGCUCUGGAUUUUAGGGACAUGAAAUGGACAUUAUUAGAUCCAAGAAAGCAGAUACCUCACUGGAGGGACUUUCAUACUGCCACACCGGUAGGGGAUCAGAUCUUUGUGUUUGGGGGUCGUUCAGACAGAUCAGGUCCAUGGUACACCGGGCAAGAAUUCUACUGCAAUGAGCUGAAAAUGUUUGACAUCAGGAACUCUGAUUGGACAUCACCCAAAGCAACAGGUACCCCACCUAUUGGUAGGAGAAGUCAUUCAACCGUAUUAUAUGACAACCAUUUAAGCGUGUUUGCUGGCUUCAACCACACCAUUGACACACACUUCAACGAUGUACACCAGCUAGACUUGUCAACGUUUGAAUGGAAGAAGCUCCAUUGUAAAGGAAAGGUUCCCUGUAAGAGAAGGCGUCAAUGCUGUGUCAUGCAUGGAGAUAGGAUGUUCAUGUUUGGGGGAACCAGUCCAAGAGAGAAACAAAAUCCUGGUGGGAGUAUAGGAGAGAACCUGAUUGAUCUAGCUGACCUUCAUAUUCUUGAUUUUGAUCCCUCAUUGAAAACAAUGUGUCAGAUGUCCAUCAUUAAUGAGAGGAUUGAUACCACAUGUCUUCCUAAGACUCUAAGAUGGGAAAUCAAUGCCAUGAUCUCCAACAGUGAUAUAACACCCCUGCCAUAUGAAGCAACACAGCAGGGCUGAACAAAACAAUCCUCUGAACUGAGCUGUAACCAUCCUAUCGCUGCUUACACUCUAUGUACUCCGCUGUAACUGCAAUUGGAUAUUAUAGGGCUUUUGUCAUCUGCAUGUAACUGAAGUCAUUUUUGUUCUGGCAGUCCUUCAGAGAGAUAGAGAGAGAGCUAUAAACCAAAAUGGAACGAAGCGGUUAUACAAUGCAAUUAUGGAAUUCACAUAUUUGUAGUUCAGAAGGUAAAAGCUGAAGGUAGUAGUUAUAACCUUGUGUAAAUGACUUGAAUGUGUGCUGAGUACACCAUGUCUUUAUACAUUAGAUGAGCUUGUGUACACCCACCCAUAGGCUUUGAGGUUGGGUCAAUCUCAUCUAGUCUCAUGGGGAGUAUGUAGCUGUUUAUAUGAAACUACUGCAGUUUACCCACUUGUUGCAUUGUAGUCUGGAAGAACAUUGACACCAACAGCAAAGAAUGACAAAAUUAGGCUGUAAACAAGUGAUGUAUCCCAACACUGAAAUUGAACUUUCAAAAGUUGUAUGAAUUAGGAGCAUCUGUUUCGAAAGGAAAAUACAACUGGUCUUUUUUGUUUGCCCAAAUGAAAAGCAUGUGUACUUCUUUUGCAGCAUUUGUAGUUUUAGAGUAUGUUCACUCUUAUAGGCUGUUUUAAGAGCUCUCGCUGAGUAGGUACAUGAUAAAGAAGAUAUUAAGGUAUGGUAAAUUGGGGACACCUAAUAUUAAUUGGUGUGCAAUUUUCUAAAAAGAGAGGGAAGGGCAGAAACAGAUUUCUCAAUAGUAUGUGCAUUGCUUUUUAUUGUAUUUGCAGAAGCAUAUUUUCUGUAUUAUCAAUUCUUGCUGUGAAUUUCGGGUUGAAGCCAGUGUGAGUUUGAAAUCUUAUACACCUGAUUUGACUGGAUAGUUUUCAGGGAUUGUUAUUUGGGGGAACUGUGUGCCAAACCAAACGGACAGAUGUACCUUCAUUUCUGCUGAUCAUCGUUGUAUGAGCAUGAAAAAAUAGAAAGAUCAAAUAUAUACAGUUGCAUCUUACUACUGUUUUUACUCUCCUUUUUCAUCUCCUUUUUUGUAAUACUUUAAAAAAAAAUCCAAGUCUCAUUCUCCUUGUGUAGGGUAUUUUUUUAGUGGAUAUAUUUUUGACAGACAAUUGUUAGAUUGCAGUGAGCCAUUUGGUGACUGUGCUGGGGAAAAGAAAAGUUAAAAAUAGAAUCGACAUCAUGGAUGCAAUACUAGUACAUAAUGUUAGAUAUCUCUGUCAUAUUAGCUGUUUAAUCUAGUCAAGGAAUCGACUUGGUAGUAUAUGUUUUACAAGCAUGCCAGAAAACAAGUUGAGUUGAUGUAAAAAUGAGAAUAGAAAUAUAUACCAUCAGAAUAUAUAAAAUACAAUAUAUUUGCAACCUUAAUCCUAAAUUACCUAAGCCUAAUGUCUGAUGUGUUGUGUCGGCAUUAAUUGUUCCUAGAACCAUUUCUAUUUUAGAUAACAUAAUUCUGUAAAAGGUCAGUAAAAUUGAUUCACAUACACUGUGCAUUUAUUUGUUUUGUUAUGCUGUAAAAUCAAAGCUUUUAUAUCUGUAUAUCCAGACAUAUUAGAAAGAUUUAUAUUUUAGUCUGUAAAGCUUUUUUGAAAAGCUCAUGUCAUUCUGUGUUCAGGACAUCUUGUGUAUUUGAUUUGUUCUGUUAAAUAUACUAUGUUGUAUGAAAUAAUGGUUAAAAGAGUGUGCUAUAAGUACAUUGCAUGAUGUAAAGUAUUACAAGGUUGUGUUAUUUCCUUGACCUAGCUCUUAGCUGCAGUAUGGUACAUGAAUCCUUGCCCCAAUUGCCGAUGUCAUUGAAUAUUGCUCUACUGAAUGUCAAAUCAGAACAUCACCCAAAUCCUAUUGGUUCAUUGAACUGACCCUGUGAAAGGUCAUAAGUUCAGGUCAAAUCAAUCAGUUUAUCUAGGUUAGAGUUCAUGCAUGGCUAAAUUUAGACUGGAAUUAUUGACCAAGCAUCUGGAAAGAGAAGCUAAAGCUUGGGAUAAUUAAUCUACAUUGAACCGUUAUAAUGAUAGUAGAGAAGUAGAAUCUUUAGCAUUUACUACGCAAGGAAAAAUAUAAACACAUCUAAUUGCAUUAUAUCAA